CAAAUGGGUAGAGGAAUUAUGGAGCGACCCUUGCAACGGGGCCACACAUCCAGGACGUUCAUUUAAGCUACCGCGCGGUUGACGAUCAUCGCAUUGCCGGGCAAUAAGCGAUGACGAAUUCACCCGCUGCAGGCUGAUCACAACCAACUUUUAGCCAAGAGCGGCGGGCGUAUUAGGGGAGAAAGACGUCGGUUUGAGGAAGCAAUAAAGCCACCGACAUGGCCUACACGUGCGGUUCGAGAGAACUGCCGAUUCCACCAACCCCGUCGGUCUAUUGAGGCAAUACUGAGUAGCCAGGUCGAGCUAUGGGAGCAUCAUCUCCGUGCCACCACGGACCAACAUCGUGGAAAUAGAGGGUUGGUCGAUCUAUACGACCCCUCCGUUUGGGUGGCCUUUUAAUUACGGUACUCUUGACAGCGCACUUAGGCCCCCCGAACACAUACAAAAGCUAGCUGGCCCAGCGUCGCCAAGGUGUCCGCCCGAGCCCGGACGAUUACCUCAAGCCCGAUCCAUCGACUUCAUAGAACAGUUCUAAGAUGUUGGCAGCCACCCUCGUCGCGCUCGCGCUCGCCGCAACUGGCUUCGCCCAGAUCGAGAAGCCCGCCGGAUACAGCCAGGUAGUCAUCACGUCAUCCUGGAACGAGAAAUUCGUGCUCCAGCCCGCCGCGCCGGUGAAGACCGGCAGCAACAUUGUCCUCAUGAGCCGCAAGGACACCGUCGACCAGCAGUGGUACCUCCAGAGCGGCAGCACCAAGAUCCAGCUGGCGAACACGACGCUGUGCCUCGACGCCGGCGCGAACCGCGCCAACGGCAGCCCCCUGACGGUGACUACCUGCGCCGAUAACCAGGCGUCGCAGAAGUGGGUCUACAACGCCGACCAGCAGAUCGUCCUCGACCAGACCGGCGCGAAGCUCUGCGCCGACCUCUACAUGGGCGCGGUCCGGGACAACACCCGCAUCGUCAUCUGGCAGUGCAUCGCGGGCGAUAAGAACCACAUCUGGGGUACCGCCAACGUGACCACGGCUGUUUAGAAGACGCAGUGUGGCGGCGAGAGGUGCUGAAACCAGCCGUCGAGGGGAGGUGUGGGGGGGGGGGGACUUGAUGGGAGGAAUGAGAAACAGAUUCCCCAAGUUGCGGGUGAUAUGCAGACUGUAUAGGAGAAGCACCCGUGUAAUCGAUGAACGCGAGUCCAUUCCAAGCCGCAUAAUAUUAACCUCCUCAGAAUACCAUUUCGGCCUCUAGUAAAUCUCGUCUUUGGGGCUGUCAUUCGAUGACGCCGCGGUGGCGACACCCUGUGAUAUACGUGUUAUGUGCUGGUAAUCAUGACGCCGUAGGCUGCCGCCUCGUGCGACUGAUGCCCGCCCUUUCAUAACACUCGUUUCGUCGGUAUUCCUCGCUGACUCCAGCACGACUCUGGAACAAGACAUUGCAAAAAGCGACCUUCCACCAAGCACCAUCCCGGCCUCGCUCUCUAUCUACUACCUACCUACUUACCUACUUGUCUACCUACUUACCUACCUACCUACCUUUCCUGUCCCCCCCGCGCAGUCCGCCAUGUUCAUCCCCUCGGCGCAGACCAUCCUCACCGCCGGCCUAGCCGCGAUGCGCACCGGGACAGGGCGUACGUGCCCU